AUGACGACAUUGGACAUGAUCGAGACGAGCAGCAAGAAGGCCGCCUGCUGGAGACACCAGGAUUGUCGCUCUUGCACCCACGAGAAACAUGGUUGCGGCUGGUGUCCGACGUCGGAAGCAUGCGUGCCAGCUUCAUCUUUGCUCGAGCCAGUGUCCAACAAGGACAUAUGCCCGCUCUCAUCCGAGCGUUUUGAGCUACGUACCAAGGCACUUGGCUGCGGCUGCUCUACUACGACUCUGCUCUCGGUCAUUGUCACCGUCUUCGCCACCAUUGCCGCUUUGAUAUUGCUCUUCGGACUGAUUGAAGCUAUUGCUGGUGUCAAUCCUUUCCUCGGUACUGGACAAGCUGCCGGUUGGGAGGUCAAGGUAGAGGAUAAUGGCGUCCGCAAGGGUCGCAUGUGGAGGCGAGGUGGGCUGCGGAAGUGGUUUGCAUCUUGGAGGAGCCCGGAUUUGGCUCACCACAGUGAGCAGGAAGAGCGCACCGAGCGCACGAGACUCCUGGGAUGA